AUCAGAGGGCGGCGGGAGGAGCGGCCCGAGGCUUAAAGGGGCCGUCAGGCACACCCAGACCCCCGUGCUCAUCUCAGCCACACAGACCCCCUCCACCUUCCCCGACCUCACGAGGAACCCAGAAUCUGCCGCUGCCAUGUCGGACCGCUGCCAGCACUGCCAGACGCCGCUGGCUGGGCGUUCAUACGUGAUGAGGGAGAACCGCACCUACUGCUCCGAGUGCUUCGAGAAGCUCUUCUCGCACGCGUGCGCCGCCUGUGCCCAGUCCAUUGGGCCCGGCCAGCGGGAGCUGAUCGUGAGCGGCAAGCACUACCACGACAAGUGCCUCAAGUGCGGCCGCUGCGGCGUGCCCGUGGCCAACAAGCCGUAUGACUCGAGUGGGGACGUGCCGCUCUGCAGCGCCUGCGCUGGCGCUUCGCCGGCCGCCGCGACCGGGGCGCUGGCCAAUCAGUGCGUGGGCUGCAGGAAGGUCAUCCACCCAGGCACCGCGAAGAUUGUGUACGAGGGGAAGACCUUCCACGACCACUGUUUCAAGUGCUCCCGCUGCCACGAAUCCAUCGGCAAGAAGGGCUUCAUCCCCGUGGGCGAGGCCGUCUACUGCGCCCCGUGCCACAAGAAGAUUUAGGGCCGGCGGUUUGGAAGCCGCGGCCUCGAUGCCGUGGUGGCUUCUCCGUGCAUGUCUCCUACACCCCUCCCCCAUCUCCCCCCCCACACCGCCCCCCUCUCCCAUGUGGCCUAUGGGGGAGGGGUGUGUGAGGACCCCGUGGCUCCCAUCGGCUUCUACCCAGCGGACCAGCGGGAGGAACGUGGCUGGUGGUGCGAGGCGCGGGGGUCCAUGGUGCCGGCGUUCGCGGCCACGUGGCCAGCUUGCUGUUGAAUCGCGCGCGGGUGGUCGGGACUGGGCCGUUCGUCGACGUCACCGUCGACGUCACCGUCGUCGUCGUUGUUGCCGUGGUGACCACGCGCCGUUACCACGGUGACGGCGCGCGCAACUGGAUCCGUUAUCGGUUUCUUAUGGGGGACGGGACAGCGGUAAUCGAUUCUCGCCAAAUUAUCCGUGAAGUGAGAAAGAAAAAUAAGAUUUGAAAAAAUCCCACCCGCAAAAUGUCAACACGUUCGUCAAUAACGCCACACGCGUGUGUGUGUGUGGGGCGCCUUGAAAGGGACAAAUGUAUACCGUACGGGGAGACGUUUCGGGCAUUAACCCUUCUUCGUGGCAAGCGAAUGGAGAGGUCGGGGAGAGACCGAACCUUACGCCGAAACUGCGUCCGUGUGAAGCCCUCCACCACCCGACACGGCCAAGCAAGUUGAAUCGUCGCGCGGUGUCAAAGCGUUUGUUACGAGUGCUAUUUGUUUCGGCUCGCUUACCGCGGGGAAAGUCGAACAAUUAAUUUGAUCGGUCGGGUGGUGGUGGUGCGGGUUGUCGAGACGACACAGAUAUGGCCAGACCGUUACGUGGCCGAGCCCAAAAAUCAACGACGAAUCGUCGCAGCAGCUAAACACACGCAACACAUUCGCCAUUGACACUCUGACGCCUUCAAAUGAAGAAUGUGUGUGUGUGUCGUCCAUGAUGUAUUUUUAAGGCUCCCUGCCCCUCCACGCAGAGCUGUUAUUGACACGUAACGUGUCGAGGUGGUUGUUGUUGUUGUCAGUGCUUGUACACCACUACCAAUGCAGCAUCGUCAACAACAGCAACAACAACAACAACAUGAUCCGUGUAAUAACAACAACUAGAAUAUGACCACCACACCGCUCGAGACAAUGCAAGGUCGUCUUCUCACAGUGAACGAUACGUCCCCCUUUGUGUUAUUGUUGUUGUUUGUACAGCAGGGGUGGCCAACUGCGCCAGUGUAGAACGUAGAAGAUACAACGCCGAUGGGUUUGCUUAAAACCAAACAUCCUCAACGGGUGGAUUUUUUUGCAUGUGCUUAUGUACACUAUCAUAUUGGAUGUGCUCCGUCGUAUUAUAAUUCAUAACGAUGAUUGCCGGGAUAGCCCCGUUUACUUGACAGCCAACAAGACAAAGACAAAGGUUCACCGUAUAAACCCCUAACAGACUGUAGGGGCAAGUGCUGCUAGCGAGCACCUAUGAAGGCCGGCACGGCACACGAGUGCGUGGGUACGCCAACACAACGCCCGGCCGCCUUUGUCUCCCCAGUGGCGAUGUUUACUACACACCGCACCAGGUACUCAUUUGAGGCCGAGUCGACCUAGGGGGAGGCUCAGAACCGGUGCAGAUAAUCGCCACUGCUGUUGGCCGCGAGCAGGAAUCGAACUCGGGACGCCGGGUUCCUAGCGCAGCGUAGCGCUCACCGCUGCACCACCGCUCACGCAAGGAGCUGCUGUAUCAUUCAAUGUGCGUUGAGUUCCCUGUUGAAUAAACUGUUUAAUUAUCA